CUUCUGAGGGGCGCGAACGGAGCUUUUAGAGAUCAGUCUGAGGGCGGUUCUUAAAUCUUAAGCCUGAUGCUGCCUGCACGAGGUUGUUGUCUCUGGACAGUGAUUCCUGUGUGAAUGGCGGAUGCUGAUUGAAUCGUGGAGGAGAAGUCAGAUUAUAAAGUAUUUUUUCUCUUCUCUAUGAACUUAACAUAAAAUUAAUUUUGUUUGUAUUUGGGUUUAUUUUCUAAAUAUCAACACCAUAAACCCAUAUCCAUUACAAAGAAAUUGGGUGCUUAAACCAUGAGUUGUGGAAAAGAGUUUGUGGAAACAUUAAAAAAAAUCAGUUAUCCCAAAGCUGAUACUCUUAAUGGGGAAGAUUUUGACUGGUUGUUUGAGACUGUUGAAGAUGAAUCAUUUUUGAAGUGGUUUUGUGGGAAUGUGAAUGAACAGAAUGUUUUGUCUGGAGAAGAAUUGGAAGCUUUUAGCAUUCUUCAAAAAUCAGGCAAGCCCAUCCUAGAAGGAGCAGCACUGGAUGAAGUUCUUAAAACCUGCAAAACUUCUGAUUUGAAGACAUCUACCCCGGAUGACAAAGAGUUAGAGAAAUUAGAGAUCGAGCUUCAAACUCUGCAGAAAUUAAAGAACCUAAAAAUUCAGCGACGUAAUAAAUGCCAGUUGAUGGCUUCAGUAACAAGCCACAAAUAUCUGAGGUUAAACAGUAAAGAAGAAGCAGCCACUAAAAGCCUGAAGCAGAGUCAAGGAAUUCUAAAUUCUAUGAAUACUAAGAUAAAUAAUGAACUUCAAGCUCUUACUGAUGGAGUUGCUAAAUUGAUGACGUUCUUCAGACAUUCUAAUUUGGAUCAAGGGACAAAUCCACUAGUGUUUUUCUCUCAGUUUUCCUUGGAAAAAUAUCUAAGCCAGGAAGAGCAAAGUACAGCAGCAUUAACUUUAUAUACCAAAAAACAGUUCUUUCCGGGUAUACAUGAAGUAGUUGAGAGUUCAAAUGAAGAAAAUUUUCAACUUUUAGAUAUACAAGCACCAUCUAUUUGUGAUAAUCAAGAAAUCCUUGAGGAGAGACGGCUAGAGAUGGCUAGGCUGCAGCUAGCCUACGUUUGUGCUCAACAUGAGUUAAUUCACUUGAAAGCAAGUAAUUCGAACAUGAAGUCAAGUAUACAGUGGGCAGAGGAGAAUCUUCAUAGCCUCACUAGCAAGGCUCCUGGCAAAGAUAAUUUGGAUGCUAAAAUUUCUAACUUGAACAGUGAGAUUCUAAAACUGGAAGAACAAAUCUGUCAUAUAAAAGAUAAAAGUUUGCCUGCUGUGGUAAAAGAGAAUGCCCAGUUAUUGAAUAUGCCAGUUGUAAAGGGAGAUUUUGAUCUACAGAUUGCUAAACAAGACUAUUACACAGCAAGACAAGAGUUAGUUUUAAAUCAAUUGAUAAAGCAAAAGGCAUCUUUUGAACUUCUACAGUUAUCAUAUGAAAUUGAAUUGAGAAAGCAUUGGGACAUAUAUCGUCAACUUGAAAAUUUGGUUCAAGAACUUAGUCAAAGUGAUACGAUGCUCCACCAGCGAUUAGAAAUGCUAACAGACCCAUCAGUAUCUCAGCAGAUAAAUCCAAGGAAUACCAUUGAUACCAGGGACUUUUCUACUCAUAGGCUUUAUCAACUUUUAGAAGGAGAGAAUAAGAAAAAGGAAUUGUUUAUAACCCAUGGAAACCUGGAGGAAGUGGCUGAGAAAUUAAAAAAGGAUAUUUCUUUAGUACAAGAUCAGUUGGCAGUAUCUACUCAGGAACGUUCUUUCUUUCUGUCCAAACUGAAUAAUGAUGUGGACAUGCUUUGUGAUACUUUGUAUCAAGGAGGAAAUCAGCUUUUGCUUAGUGAUCAGGAAUUAACAGAGCAGUUUCAUCAAGUUGAAUCCCAACUGAAUAAGCUAAAUCAUCAUCUUACUGAUAUUCUUGCUGAUGUGAAGACAAAAAGAAAAAUUUUGGCAUCUAAUAAACUGCAUCUAAUGGAAAGAGAAUUAUAUGUAUAUUUUUUAAAAGAUGAAGAUUAUCUGAAAGAUAUUGUGGAGAAUUUAGAAAAUCAAUCAAAGAUUAAGGCCGUUGGUCUCAAAGAUUGAAAUUUACUAAAAACUGAAUCUUUACUACAUAUGCUGUAUUAAGGGGAGGAAUAUAUACCUAAUAAACCCUACUAAAAUUUUAAA